AUGGAAAGUAUAACCGGCCUCAAUUCGCUCUUCUACAAGAGGAUCCAGCCAAUGUAUUCAGGAAGUCAUUUGAAAGAUGGUCAACUUUAUCUUGUCACGCACUGGUAUUGGUCGCAAAAGGUUGGAGAGUUUAUCGAUGAAAGGGUUGAGGCCAAGAAGAAGUAUGACCAAGAUCUCGAAAAUGCAUUCAGAGCACACUGA